AUGUCUUCCCAGUCUUCUCCCUCCCCACCGCCGGGGCCUAUGGCGGAUAUCGAUGAAACAAAGUUGCCCAGUGGUCAAUGUCGCUACAUUCUCCUAACCCCCGAGAUCAAAGGCCAUCGAUGUGGUUGCGUUGGCUUCACACUCAAUCGUUCACUGCCUGGCGUCAGCUGCGAGUGUGGUCACCUCUCAUGUUAUCAUCUCAAGGCAGCUGAACAACCGCCGGAUAAGGCACAGUUGGACCUCCUCUUACGAAGAGUCCAAGCCCUGGAGGGGCAACUAGACCGUGAAAAUACGGGCGGUCUGGGGAGUGCUCUGGGCGAUGUGGUGCGACGCCUGGGCGACCUGGAGGAGCAGUAUGAGAAGAGCAAGGACGAUUUCAGCCAGGAGAACCGAGGUAUCUAUCGACAAAUUACCAGUGUGUGGCAGGCUGUCGACCAAGCAGGAAGGCGGCAGGUGGAAAUGCAAAAUCGUUUGGCUAUUCAUGACGCACGCUUGGAUGAGCGUGAUGACAACAUGCAAAGGCUCGAGAAGCGACUGAUGGAGUCGGACGAUGCGGCCAUCGACCUGGAGGAACGCGUCGACCGCCUGGAAGAAUCAGAAACGCCGGGGCCUCGACGCCGGCGUAGAUCCUCUUCAGAGUCUAGGGUUUCAAAAAACUCGGAACCAACCUCGAGCUCACGCCACGGCGUGGACGAUGCCCUUGCAGCACCGGCGACGGCAGCGUCAUUCACGCUCGCCCGACGGGCAGGCAGUGCAUCGGGCCGUAGUGAUAGGUCGGCCGGCGCAGCCUCGGGCCCUUGGACCGUCCAUGUCUCGCUCAUGCCUAUGGCGUCGGUGGCGUUCCCAUUUGAGAAAGACACCAACGCUUACAAGCGGUGCCUCUCCCGUGGACUCCACCAGAUGAUUGCAGUCCAAGGGGCUGACAGCGAUGCCUUUGCCGCGGCCAUAACGACGGCAUUUGGCAGAAUUCUCAACGGCCGGCCAUGGAUGCCGCUGCAAGCCCGACUCUGCGACGCCGAGACACUCCUGGGGCUCCCGAUGCUUCGGCCUCUCGACCCGGCUCUGCUUGGAGCUGGUUAUUACGACCAAGAGUUCCUGCGGAAGCACUGCGCCGUGUGCGGGCCCAACGGCAAGCUCGACUCGCUGUAUAUUGCCAUGCAGUUCGAUACGUUGUCGUGGCACUUCCUGCGGCGAUCCCCAUGCUACUUCCAGGGACUUGAAGACAGCUGGGCAUACGACCCGCUCCUGGACCACAACGAUCCCUUUGAUGACGAGCUGGAUGAAGAGGACCGGCCGUCGGCCGGCGACAUACUGCCAUCGCUGGGAAACCUCAAGCGAACGGCAUCGGAGAUGUCGCGGACGCCGAGCUUUAGUGCCGGGUCGGCGGGGGAAGGGGAGGGCUCUCGGCCCAAAGUGCCGCGGACGACGACGGGGGCGUGUGUGCCCGUACCGCUGGAGCUCCGUAGACGGGUCGAGACAGUCUAG